AUGUCAAUAGUUUCGCUAACAGGUAUUGAAGUGCUAAACAACCCAGCUAAAUUCAGUGACCCAUAUGAAUUUCAGAUCACAUUUGAAUGUCUAGAACCUCUCAAGGAGGAUCUCGAAUGGAAAUUGACUUAUGUUGGUUCAUCCGACUCACUCGAUCACGACCAGGAGCUUGAUUCCAUCCUUGUCGGUCCUAUCCCAGUUGGUGUCAAUUCAUUCUUAUUCAAAGCAGAUGCACCAAGUCCCGAACUUAUACCUGCAAGCGAGUUGGUUAGUGUCACCGUGAUAAUAUUGAGUUGCUCAUACAAUGAUAGAGAGUUUGUUCGAGUCGGAUAUUAUGUGAAUAAUGAGUACGAUACGGAAGAGUUGAGAGAGAAUCCCCCUGCCAAAGUUCAAGUGGAUCAUGUGGUGAGGAAUAUUUUGGCUGAAAAACCAAGAGUUACGAGGUUUAAUAUUGUAUGGGAUAACGAACUGAACGCUGACGACUACCCACCUGAGCAACCUGAAGGCGAAGAAGAAGAAGAGGAAGAAGAGGAAGAAGAGGAAGAAGAGGAAGAAGAGGAAGAGGAGGAGGAGGAGGAUGACGAUGAAGAAGAAGAAGUUGAUGAGGAGGAAGCAGGGGAUAAAGAUGAAGAUAUUGAUAUCGAUAUAGAGGAGGAGGAAUAUUUGGACAAUAUUGAUGAAGCGAAUGAGACUUCGACACUAAAUGAUAAGGAAGUGGAGCCAGUAGGAGAUGGGGAAUUAAAUGGUGGAAGUGAGAAGAUGGAUAUAAAGGAAGAAACGGAGGAAGUUGGCACUCCAAAAGAUAGCUAG